AGAAUUAGUUGCACAAUUGGAUUUUUGUUCGUUACAAUUGAGGAUUGUGGAAUGUUAUCAAAUAAUUUUUAGAAAUGCAUAGUUUUGGAAUUCUUCAUAAUGUUGUGUUAAAAGACAUUUGCUAAUAUAUUUUGUCUAACUAUAUGUGAAAACUAUAUACGGUUAUAAAAAUUGAUCUCUGUUUGAGACGAAUGUCACUAGAGUUAGUCUGCCGAUUGAAUGUCCCUAGAGGCCAAUAGACUCCAUGUGGGUUCUGUCAAGUGUUACGUACGCAUAUCUGUUACUUCUGUAACUCAAACUCUGUACUGAUUUAUCUAUUAUUAUUAAAAUUAAAUUACCAAGUAUGUUAGUAAAAACAUUCUGGUGCACUGGAAAUAACAAAGGAACACAUGCAUCAUUACAUAACAGUGUGCAGUAGUAAAUAAAUGAUAAUGGCACACACCAGUAAAAACUAUGAAACAUUCAAAGACGCAAGAUUAAGACAGAAUCGGCAAUAUAACAUUCCAGAGGAUAAGAGUGUAGCACAAACAGGCUUAGACAUAUUAUACACAUCUCAAGUGGACCGUAACAUAACUGAUGAAAAUGUGGAAAAAAAGAUAUCGUUGUUGAAACACUUAUUGGAAAAAGAUUUGAAAGCUGCUGACUUUAAGUGGUCUCUUUUUGUAGCAGCGUCCAACACUUAUCGCUAUGAUACUUGCUUAAAACCAUUUCCACCUAUGUAUAUUAAAAAUGAAUGCAAAGAUAUUGAAGCAUUGAGGAGAGCCAUAGAGUCAGUUCCUCCUUUGUCCGUGAUAUUCAAAGAACUCAAUACAGCUGGUGUGUAUGAGAACUAUCGUGAGAUAAUAGAAUUAUUGUACUGGGUAUUGUUAAGAUUAAGAGAUCCACAUAUCAAGAGCGUACAGAAAGAAUAUUACGAUUGGGUACUGAAGAAAGUACCACUGGAAAUGCCAGCUGCAGCGCCAAAUCUUAUAUUCCAAGUAGAGAAUAUAAAGCAAUCUACGGCAGAAGAAAAGUGGAAAUCGAGCAGAAAUGGUCAUUCGACAUUUUAUGCGUACCAUGGAACACGUUUGGAAAAUUUCCAUUCUAUCGUGCAUUAUGGUUUGCAACAGAACAUGUGCAAGAGGUCGGAAUUUGGCAAAGGAAUAUAUCUUUCGAGCGAAUUAGGAGUGAGUUUACCCUACAGUCCUGUAGGUUAUGGAUGGGGAGGUAGCAUUCUUGGAAGUGAGAUAAGUUGCAUAGCGCUUUGUGAACUGAUCAAUCAUCCUGAUAUAAAGAGAGGAGACUCCAAUAAUGAUGCGCAAAACACAUUGGAGGAUUCCAUGGGUGGUAGAAUACCAGACAAAUAUUAUGUGGUAACAAACAGCGACUUAGUAAAAGUACGUUAUUUGCUUGUCUAUGCUCAAGAUGUCCAAACGACCAGCUCUACCGAUAAUUCCGGAUUGCUCUCAUGGUUCAAGCAACACAAAUUGCUGACAUUCAUUGCGGUUAAUCAAGAAAAUGUUAAAAACCUCAAGCCUUCGGUAGCAAUUUUACCAACAAAAACAAAAAGACCAGUACUACGUGAGAUAAGCAACAAGGUCAACACGUUAAGGGGCGUAGAGCCUAUAGAUAGGACUAGUUUAUUGCAAAAGGAUAAAAAGAUGGUGACAGUGGCAGCGCAGAAGCGGCAACCUGUGAAACGUGAAGCAAAAGAGAAAAUUCCAGAGAAGUCACCACAAAAUACCAGAGAAGUUCAAGUUGUAAAGCCAGUCGUCAAGACUGUAGUCCAGUCCAGUGAAAGCAAUGUAUGCGAUGAAGAUCCCACAUCGAUGAACAUUUCUGAUAAAAAGGUAGAAACACCCAAGGCAUUUUCGUCAGACUUGAUUUAUGAGGACAUUGAUGAACAAGAUGAGAAAAACCCCAUCCUGGUUUCUCUUUAUACUAAUGAGAUACAUGAAUAUCUAAGAGGAUUGGAAAAUAAAUAUCCCAUUGAGAGAAAAUUUCUAACGGGUCAAGAAGUUACUCCAAAAAUGAGGAGUGUGCUAGUAGACUGGUUAGUCGAUGUUCAUCAACAAUUUCGAAUGAUGCAAGAAACCUUGUAUCUCACAGUCGCAAUUAUCGAUCGCUUUUUACAGGCUUACCGAACAAUAGAUAGGAAAAGAUUGCAGCUAGUAGGUGUAACAGCAAUGUUUAUCGCUAGCAAAUAUGAAGAAAUGUAUUCUCCGGAUAUAAGCGACUUUGUAUACAUAACGGACCAAGCGUACACAAAGUCGGACAUAUUAAAAAUGGAAAUGGUUAUCGUAAAACACUUGAAUUUUUCUUUCGGCCGACCACUGCCGCUACAUUUCCUGCGAAGAUACAGCAAAGCCGGAAAGGCGCUCCCUAUACACCAUACCAUGGCGAAAUAUUUCCUGGAGCAAAGCUUAAUUCACUACAAUAUGUGUCAUUAUCCACCUAGUCUCAUCGCCGCAGCAGCAAUAUAUCUAGCGUUUAUAAUUAUCGGUAAUGAUGAGCAAGACGAAGGCAAAAUAAUCUGGACAAAUACUUUAGCACACUACAGCACCUAUUCUAAGGACGAUGUGUUACCUGCCGUACGUGAUAUAGCUGUCAUAAUAACUAACGCAGAAACAAGUAAAUAUCAAGCUGUAAGGAAGAAGUACGUUCAUUCGAAAUACUUUGAGAUCAGCGUUCGGCCAGAACUCAAGUCACCAACUCUCUUAGCCAUCGCGAAAGCGAACGAUAAUGCUUUCAUAUAACGCUUGUUCGUGACAUUAAGAUGUUGAGAUAUUUUUUCAAUAAGGUAUUUGUCUAUUGAAUGUUAUGUGAAUGAAUCAGACUGUGAGUGUUGGUAUGAUACACGAGAGAUUGCAUCAUUAUCCCGAUAAAGUAUAAACUUUAUCACAAAGUGAUGAAUGUCGCGUGGAUUAGACAUUUAAUACACGAAUUACUUAUUGAAGAGCACAAUCUCGAGUUUAUAAACUACAAACUAAAGAACAACGAGGACGUAUUUAGAGAUUAUAUACAGAAGUUUGUUAGUGUAAACAUUAAAAAAUUUAGUCAGGUAAUACUGAUGGACUUUAUUUUGGACUGCCAUAGAGGUACUAGGUACAGCAGAAAUCAUAAAAUAUAUCUUUUAUAAUAGAGUAUUAAGUAACUUUUAGUUUUUAUUCUCCCCUAGCUGAUUAUACAAAUAUUUUAAUUUUGAUAUAAGUCCUACAACGAUACUUUUAAUGUUGCCAUAUGAAAAUAUGAGAGUAUUCCAAACGUAUACUUCAAUUCUUUUGUGCUUUUAUAUUCAUAUUUUCUAAAAUAUAGUCUAUUUUCAAUUAGUAUGAGAAUACAUUCUUAGUUUCGUCUGCACUCAAAGUUCAAAUGGAAGUUGUAUAACAAUUAUGUACAAAAAUUAAAAAUAAACACUAAGGAUCUUUCUGGAGUUAUCUAUCUAUUGUUCACGAACUUUUUUAGUGUCGUGAUAAAAAAAGAAUUUUGCAAGAUCCUACUAUAAGGAUAUAUCAUUAUUUUAUCACUAUCAUAUUUUAGCACUAUGUUCUAUCAGUUAUAUCUUAUAAUGUGUACAUAAGAAAUUUACUAGAUUCGCUAAAGUGUAUGAUCAUAAUUGAUUUUGUACUGAAAAAUUAGUUAAGAAAUCCUAAUAUAAAAAAGAUAUGAAUCCUAAAUUUUAUUUCGACUUUAAUUCAAUCUCUAAAUCUGAAAUAUAUAUAUAUA